AUGAAACUUUCUAUAUUUGGUGAAAAUGAUUGUGUACUCUUAGUGGGAGAAGGCAAUUUUUCAUUUUCUGUUGCAUUAUUUCAACUUAAUUUAAAAAUUAAUAUUACUGCAACAUGUUAUGAAGCUAGUAUUACUCAAGAUCUUGGAAAGAAAAAAAAAGAAUACCUAAAAAAAAAUGGUUAGUAUUUUCUAAAAAUUUUAAAUCACAUUUUUGAUAAAAUUGUUUUUAAUUUUCCCCAUGUUGGUGGCAAAAUGCGAAUAGAAAAGAAUAGAGAAUUAUUAAGACUCUUCUUUAUAAGUGCAUCAGAAUCAUUAACAAAUAAUGGUCAAGUAUUAGUUACUCUGUGCAAUGGUCAAGGUGGUACAUUUGUUGAUAACCCACCAAGACGUUGGGAUGAUUCAUGGAAAAUUACAGAAAUGGCAGCACAUGGAAAUUUUGUAAUAACAGCUAUUGAACCAUUUGCAUGGUCAUUUUUUCAAAAUUAUGUAGUAACUGGAUAUCGUAGUUUGGAUAAACAAUUUCAUUCUGCUGGAGCUUUAAUUCAUAUAUUUAUAAAAACUGAAUCUCCAAAUGCACAGAACAUUGCUCCUAAAAAGAAAAUAAAUAUUUCUCAAUUUGAUAAAGAUAAUUUUCUAUGGGAAGAUAUAAAUCAAAUUGUAAAAAUAUCACAUAAAUCAUUUUGUACUUCUAAAUGGCUUAGAAAACAAGAAAAUACUCCCAAACCUCUACGUAGCCUAAAACCCAGAUCCCAAAAUGAUUCAGAGCGAAGUAUUGUCGAUUUGAAGCAAGUAAAGACAAUUGGAGGAAAAGGUGGAGAUGGAAAUAUAUCAUUUUUGCAAUUGUGGUCAAAUGAAUGUGCUGGACCAGAUGGUGGAGAUGGUGGACAUGGUGGUCAUGUGAUUUUUCAAGCAUCAUUAGGUGUUAAUGAUUUUUCAAAUGUAAAUAAUAUUCUCAAAGCUGAAGAUGGUGAAAAGGGAUACAAUAAAGACAGUUUUGGAAAAAAUGCUAAACAUACAGUAAUACAUGUACCUUUAGGUACUAUAAUACGAAAUACAGAAGGAAAAAUAGUAGCUGACUUAGAUCAAGAAGGCAUGAUGUUUAUUGCUGCACGAGGAGGUGCAGGUGGUCAUGGAAAUGCAUAUUUUAAGUCAGAUGUGCAACAGUCACCACGUAUAAGUGAAUAUGGUGCACAAGGAGAAGAUUUAAAAUAUGUGUUAGAAAUUCGUACUAUGGCACAUGUAGGAUUAAUUGGACUUCCGAAUGCAGGUAAAAGUACAUUAUUGAGAGCAAUAUCUAGAGCCAGACCAAAGGUAGCAGCAUAUCCAUUUACAACAUUGAAACCUCAUCUAGGAAUGGUGUUAUAUAAUGAUCAUGAACAAGUAGCAGUCGCUGACCUGCCGGGGCUUAUAUCUGACUCUCAUAAAAAUAGAGGUCUUGGUAUACAAUUUCUUAAACACAUAGAACGUUGCAAGAUUUUAUUAUUUAUUCUUGAUAUUACUUCUGAAGAACCAUGGGCAGAUUUUGAAACUUUAAAAUACGAAAUUACACAAUUUAAUGAGCGAUUAAACGAAAGAUUACACCUUAUUGCGGCAAACAUUUCUGCUAAAAUAGGUAAAAAUUUAUUCAUUUUAUUGAAAGAAAUAAGAAUAUUAUAUGAUAAGGAGAAAGACGAGAUAGAAAAAGAAAAUUUAUUGUAA